GCUCCGGCGUCUGGGAGCCCGUUGGGAGGUUUUCCCCUGGAGCGGAGAGCAGCCGCAGGCUAACUCAUUGGCAUCUGAUUGGCUGUCCCUAGAAAGUGACAAGGCUUCGCGGUCACUGGCGGAGAGCCGAGAGGAGGCGGGCCCGCUGGGCUUUGGGCGCGAGCGGUUGAAAGAGACGGUUGGUGUUGGUUCGGCCUCUCAAGUCCGGUCCAGUCGCCCAGCCCCGCUCCAUGGCGAACCCUGAAGGGCUACAGGUUUCCCCGCCGCCGCCGCCCCCUUCUUCUCCUUCGUCUUCAGACACGUCUUCAGCAUCUUCCCCCGGCGCCCCGGGAGGUUUGGGCUGGCCGGUUCCGAGCAAGAGCAGCGGCCGACUGGUGGACCCGCUGGAAGAGGUGGAGCUGCAGAUCGGAGACGCAGCAUUUUCAUUAACCAAACUUCUGGAAGCCACAUCUGCAGUAUCAGCUCAAGUGGAAGAGCUUGCCUUCAAAUGUACAGAAAAUGCACGUUUCCUUAAAACAUGGCGGGACCUCUUGAAAGAAGGCUAUGAUUCCUUGAAGCCUGACAACUAAUUUGACUGUAAUAAUGCAUACCUCCUUACCUAGGAUGUUUGCACAUGUACCAUAGGGACUGGAUAAUCGCACGGUUCUGGAUACUGAAGAUGAAAUUUUUCUUGGUUUUCUUCAUUUUGUGAAAACAGAAUGCUGAUGUUAUUUUUGAGGCUGAUUCAUAUUUAUCUUUAAACACUUUCUGUCCUCUGAACUUUCAAAGAAUCUUUUAUGAAAGUUAAUCAGUAGAUAAUAAUGCCACAGUGUUACCAGUAGCAAACUAGGUGGACCAUUAUGCUCUUCUAUUUGCAAGAAGAUUCCAAGAAUAGCAGAAUUUGAAAUUGAGCUUUAUUUAUGAGCCAAAGAAGGUAAACUUUCAUGUUACCAUUGUUAGAGUUAGCUCCACUGGGCUAAGUUCCCUAGAACCAAUGAUUGUGUCUUAGUUACUUACAUAUUUCCAGCAACCUAAAACACUGUUACACAACAGUCACUAGAUGUUUGUUAAAUAAGAGUUGACAGCAUGAUUGAAAGCUGCUUUUCCUUCUUGAUUUUAGCAUAAAGAUGCUAAUUGUUUCUUGAAAAAGUAUUUGAGUCAGAACCUCACUGACUUGAAGGAAAAUGUUAUCUUUUUUUUUUUAACAGGAAUUUGAACUUUGGUAACAACUUUUAAAAAUAUAUGAUAAAUAUUUUUCACCCCUCUGUGAUGCUUUUCAAAAAAACUUACUGAAGCCUAUCUUGAAAAAAUACAUAUUUUUUUUCUCUGUUUCUGAGGUUAACUGCUUUUAUGGAUAUUUCUCAUAGUCACUGUUUUGUAUGUUUAAUUGUUCUCUUUAAAGUGCCUUAUCAAAAUUAUGGCUCUGUAUUAUUAUUCUUGGAGCUUGGCAGGUAAUAAUUUUAAAUUCUGAAUGUAAUAAUUCUAAACAAGUACUUUUAAAAAAUGCAUCAAAUUUAAAUGAUGUAAUUAUUUUCAUAUUAUUUGAUCUUCAUGACAUUGCUGUUUUACUUGUCUCAUAUCUUAUGUUGUGCGCACAUGCUCUCUCUCUUGGUGAGUUUGUGUCAUAUAUGUUGGUGAUUAAGCCAACUAAUUCUCUGUUGUGUGACUUCUGUACGUAUCUGAUGCAGCAUCUUAAUUCUUUGUAGCUGUGGAGGUAUGCACAGAACUACACUUCCAAGCCCCACAAUGGGCCUGUGAAAGGGGACACAUGGAUGGGCAAAGGAUAGUUUUAUUUAACAUAUGAAGUCACAGUUCUUGAUUAAUUUUUUAUGUUAAAGAUAACACUUGUGGUGUGUUGCUAUACCAAAGAGAUGCUUAUUUUGAUAUUAGAAAAAUAUUUUUCUUACGUGUUGUGAAAGUUGCAAUUUUUAAAAUCUAUAAAAAUAAGCUUGUUCAAAGCAAA